AUGAGGGUGGAAGGGAGGUUUUCAGAGCUGAAGGGACUGACAUCGGCGGACUGGGCGAGGGGAGAGAAGAGGAACAGGAGGCAGCAGAAGCGCUCGCCGCCGAUGCCCCGGGGGCUGAUCCAGAAGCUAUUCGACUCGUGCCGGGAGGUCUUCUCCGAUGCCGCCACAGGCGUCGUCCCGUCCCCCGACGGUGUGGCCCGCGUGAAGUCUGUUCUCGGUACGUCCGUUGCUCUCCCUCUCUCUCCUCUGGAUCAUCCGGGAUUCUGAUUGAUUGUUUGAUCUCACAAGUGAGUAAUUCCCCGAGAAAUUUGGCUUUAGAAGAUCUUGUAUUCUCUGUAUGUUCAUGGGAUCGGUCUUACGCAGAUCUUAUGAGGCCGGAGGACGUCGGCUUAACUCAGAAGAUGCCGUAUUUUAGGAACAUCGGGAACCCAGGGAGGCCGCCGGUGACCUACCUACAUAUCUACGAGUCCGAUAGAUUCUCAGUAAACGCAUCGACUCCCUUCUUGGAGCAUUAUUCUUCCUGAUUUCUCGCGAUCUCUGUGUGUUAACCUUCCGUCGAAUUUGAUGGUUUUGAUUUUGUUCCACAGAUGGGCAUCUUCUGCCUGCCUCCGUCAGCCGUCAUCCCGCUUCACAACCAUCCCGGCAUGACCGUCUUCAGCAAGCUCCUCUCCGGAUCGAUGCACAUUAAAUCUUACGACUGGGUCGAUCAUGGCAGCACUCCCCGUGGUAUUGACCCCCUUAUCUCUCUCUCUCUCUCUCUCUCUCUCUCUCUCUCUCUCUCUCUGACCUAUGUUGAAACAGUCGGAGCUCCACCGGGUGUGCGGCUGGCAAAGGUGCAGACGGACGCGACGUUCACGGCUCCAUGCGAGACGUCCAUUCUCUUUCCGACGACCGGAGGGAACCUCCACUGCUUCACGGCGGUGACGGCCUGCGCCGUACUAGAUGUCCUCGGCCCCCCAUACGACGACGACGAAGGCAGGCACUGUACAUACUACAACGCCUUCCCCUUCUCGGAUUUCUCUGGUACCAAUUACUCCUCUUCCUCUCCUUCGUCUUCUACUUCCUCCUCCUCAGAUUUACGGGUUAGUGCAGAUGACUCUGUGGCAGGUCAGCCGGAAGAGGAGGGCCUUGCGUGGCUGGAAGAGACGGAGAAACCGGAAGAGUUCUCCGUCGUCGGAGCCAAGUACAUGGGCCCGAGAAUGGUACAGCGGUGA